AUGGCCUCCACCCUUUCCGUACGCAGCUACUCGGUACGCCAGCCCUCCUUCUCCAGCAUGUCUCUGAGGGACGGUGGACGCAGCAUCCGCGCCAAGCCGCCCGUCUCCACCCUGUCCUCCGCCAGCACCCUGUCUCUCUCCCGCUCUCUGUCAGUGGGCAACGGCAUCAACAUGCUGGGCUCCAGCCUCUCCUUCAACGGUCUCGGUGUGGGGACCAGUGACAAGGAGACCAUGCAGGGCCUGAAUGACCGGCUGGCCAACUACCUGGACAAGGUGCGCUCGCUGGAGAGAUCCAAUGCUGAACUGGAGGUGAAAAUCAAGCAGCUGAUGCUGGAGAGGGCACCCAAAGGUCACGACAUUGAGGGCAUGAUGGCCCAGGCACAUGCCAUCGGGCAGGAGGUGAGAAAGAAGACGCUGGAGAACGCCCGCAUCAUGCUGGAGAUUGAUAAUGCCAAGCUGGCAGCUGAUGACUUCAGGGUCAAAUGGGAGGCGGAGGCCACCUUGUGCCAGUCAGUGGAGCGGGACUGUCAGGCUCUGAGGAGAGCCAAGUCUGACCAUGACCAGAUCAUCGCCACUCUCCGUGGAGACCUGGACAGCCUGAAGGAGGAGCUCUACUUCCUCAAGAAGAAUCACGAGGAGGAGAUGGGCUCCCUGAGGACACGUCUUGCCAAUGAGCAGGUGAAUGUGGAGGUGGACGCAGCCCAGGGCCCUGACCUCGGAGCCAUCAUGGCCGAGCUAAGGGUCCAGUAUGAGGGCAUCGCCCGAAAGAACAAGGAGGAGGCUGAAGCCUGGUACCUCAAGAAGCUGGAGGCAGUGCAGUCAGAGGUGAAGGAGAGCAACGAGGCUUUGCGCUGUGCCCAAAGUGAGCUCAGUGAGAGACGGCGCUUUCUGCAGGCUCUGGAGGUCGAGCUGGACAGUCUGCGUAAGCAGGUGAGUGUGUUGGAGGGCAACCUGGGAGAGACCGGGCAUAAAUACUCCGUGGAGAUGGAUCGUCUGCAGUCCACUCUGACCCAGCUGGAGGACGAGCUGUCUCAGCUGCGUCUGGACAUGCAGCGCAACAAGACCGACUACGAACAGCUGCUGCGCAUCAAGCAGAACCUGGAGAUGGAGAUCGCCACCUACAGGAGGCUGCUGGAAGGAGAGGAAGUGGUGAAGGAAACACCUCCACCUCCAAAAAAAGAACCUGACGUGAGGACCAGGAAGAUUGUAAAAGUCGUCACUCAGACCAUGAUCAACGGCAAGGUGGUGGAUGAGUCCAGCGAGGUGGAGCAGAUCGAGGAGCGCAAGAAAUGAGACAGAGUGUGUGUGCAGAGACGGAGCAGCAGUCUCGACCGCAGCCUCGAAAGUCACGUGUGGGUCAACAUGUGCGACGGCCCUCUCUCCUGUGCCUUCAUUAGUCUGUCUGUCCCUUUACUCCAGCAUGUCAAGAGAAA